ACAUAGCAUUGGUAAUUAGCAAGUUAAAGUUCCUAAAUAAAUGGAACCACAUUGUCUAGUACUACACGUUCAAUACAUUACAUUACAUUACAUAACAUAACAUUAACAUAAUCUACAACAACAAGAAACUCCUUUUCCUUCUUUUAAUAAUAAAUUUCUGAUGUAUCAUGAUUCAUGAUGUUGUUGUGUAUGUAACUUGUGUUGUUUUCCACUUCUAUACAUUAGAGUUAGACCCUUUUUCUCUCUCUCUCUCUCCUACAAUUUCUUUGUUCUUUUCAAACGUGGACGCUUCUUCCAUCACAAAAACAGAAAAUAGUCAAAGGCUAAAAGAUUAUUGAGAAUUUUGAAGAUAUAUAUGAAAAGGGUCAAUUUUGGAGGUAACAACAAUUGUGUUUGUUGUGUUUUUGAUGUUUGAAUGAUUCAUGGAAUGUAGAAUUAAUCCAUGAAGAUGAUGAUGGGAAUCUUAAACUUCGAAAAGAAAUGGAUAUUACCUCUUUUUGUUACUUCUGCUUUUUGUAUGCUUUUUCUAGCAACAACCUUUAACAUGGGACUUGUUUCAUCAAUUCAUUCAAUAAAUUCACUUUUCUUUUUUCUACCAUCACACACAAAUAGAAACCAAACAUCUUCACUUGUUUUUGUUGAGAGAAAGAUUACACCUGUUCCGGCUCCCGCUAAGCCUCCUCCUCCGACCCCUCCAACCCCUCGUUUUGCUUAUUUGAUUUCGGGUUCUAAAGGCGAUUUGGAAAAGCUUUGGAGAACUCUUCAUGCACUUUACCAUCCGUUGAAUCAUUAUGUUGUUCAUUUGGACCUUGAAUCGCCGUUGGAAGAACGGUUGGAACUUGCUUCUAGGAUUGAAAAACAGCAUAUUUUCAAAGAGGUUGGGAAUGUUUAUGUAAUCCCAAAGUCUAAUAUGGUUACUUAUCGUGGACCGACGAUGGUUGCUAAUACGCUACAUGCUUGUGCUAUUUUGCUCAAGAGAACUAAAGAUUGGGAUUGGUUUAUUAAUCUUAGUGCUUCUGAUUAUCCUCUUGUCACUCAAGAUGAUCUGUUAUAUGCUUUCACAAAUUUAGAUAGAAACCUUAACUUCAUCGAGCACACAAGUCGGUUAGGAUGGAAGCUGGAUAAACGGGCGAUGCCGAUAAUAGUAGAUCCCGGACUUUACCAGUCAACCAAGCAGGAUGUAUUUUGGGCCAAUCCUAAGAGACCUUUGCCGACGGCGUUUAAGUUAUUCACCGGUUCAGCAUGGAUGGUUUUAUCGCAUGACUUUGUCGAGUUUGUUGUUUGGGGUUGGGAUAAUCUACCAAGAACCCUUCUCAUGUACUACACAAAUUUUCUCUCUUCCCCCGAAGGCUACUUUCAAACCGUCGCGUGUAAUAUUCCCGAAUUAUCUAAAACCGUUGUUAAUAGUGACUUACAUUAUAUUUCAUGGGACGUCCCUCCUAAACAACACCCUCACGUCCUUAACAUAAACGACACAGACAAAAUGAUUGCGAGCGGUGCCGCCUUCGCUAGAAAAUUCAAACAAGACGAUCCCGCCAUGGAUUUGAUUGAUAAAAAGUUUCUUCGUAAGAGACAUGGACUAUUCACUUUUGGUGGUUGGUGUUCCGGUAAACCAAAAUGUACCGAGGUUGGGAACAUUUAUAAACUCAAACCCGGUCCGGGGGCUCAAAGGCUUCAACAACUUCUAGCCGGACUAACAUCGAAAGCUAAAUCUGGUGAGGAUCAGUGUAAAUAGAUCCUAUUGGGAAAUUUCAUGAUUGGAGAUUAUUCAAGGUUAUUUUUAUAGCCAAAGAUUCAUGCACCUAGUUGGAAUGAGGUUGAAGUGCAAUUGCAUUUCAUUCAUAAUAUAUAAGCUUGAUGUUCAUUAAAAAAGGCAUUGAUUUAGCUAUAGGUUAUAGUUGCUUCCAUAUAAAAGUACCUAUGAUGGUUUAAGGGUCAUAUUUUAUUUUUGUAGGUCCUUUGACAUAGAGGUUACAUCAUUUUUUGGAAGCAUCAUGGUCAAGGAAUUUUAUAGUUCUUUUUUGUUGUAUAAUUUUUGUUACUUUAUACAUCAUGUUUCAUGAUCUUUAUGCAUUCUUACAUAUAAGUGAAUUUUGAAGCAUUGUAUUUUAGGCUCAAAUAGAGCCAGAAACUAUGCAAGAUAUUUCUUAAAUUGUCACUC